CCGGCCGGUGUACCGGCUCGUUCGUGUCUCGGUGCUAGUCAUUUCGCGACGGGCCUUAAUCUGCCGCCCAACGUCUAUCCUCAGCCCCAAUCACAGGCCGUCUCACCGCUUGCCUACUACAACGAGCCAGUCUCGUGUUGCCAGGUCGGACCGGCCGAGUCGUCCUCGCCGUCCGGGCAACACCGCCACCAUGUCUACCCCCAUCCGACGCACGCUGCCCCCUGCCUCGGCCCAUCCCACGCCGCCCCACACACCUCCAACCAGUCGGUCUAUACACCCUGUCCAUCUCAUGCCUCGGCCAGUGCCUCGAGGCAUUCGGUGCCACUCCACCCCUCUCAGACUCGUAGCCACGACUUCACCCACCUUCCCACGCAUCCUUCCGUCGGCAUCACCGCCAACAACCAAUCUGCCGGCUCCACCCAAUCCCAGUCUGGGGGACUCGGCUCAUCCCACGUACGCUACGAUACACACACCAACCCCCUCGCAACCUACUACCACAACCAGGCUUCAUAUCCUUCCUCCUCGUGCCCUAGCAACAACUAUCCUCCCGUUGCCAUGGCGGCCGCAGCUGCAGCCGCCGCAGCCGCUGCCGCCGCCUCUGCCUUCCCGCCACUCUACACUCGAGUGCCCUCAGCGGCCGUCGAGUUCUACACGUCCGGCGAGGACGACUGCUCCAACACUGGCUACACCCUCGGCCAAACCGUCUACCCGCAAGACACUCCAGCCUCGGGCAUGGCAACAGUCACAGCUCCCGUCACCGUCACUACCAGAUCCAAUUGGUCGAGGCUCGCUGACUCCGACUGUCCCGUCCUACAAGCCGGGGUCGGUCGUCACGGUCCCGUCUGUCCUUCCGCCCCCCGCUCGGCAACCGGACACCUCUACCCUCCCAAACACAUACAUCCAGUCGCCUAUCCGGCCACAGGCAACGCCCCUCUUCCCGGUACCUAUCGCGAGGCCCUCACGCCCACGCCAACCCCUACCACAAACGUCACCACAACUACCACAACCACCACCACCACCACCAGCACCACUACACCGGCCACCACCACCAGCGUCACCUCCGUCACCUGCUCCAACACGACGGCAGCGAGCAACACCAACAUGUCCUCCUGCAGCGCCAAUAGCAACCCAACAAGCAAAUCUCUCUCUUCAUCCUCUACCUCAUUAUUGUCGUCAUCGUCGUCAUCGUCCUCUUCUUCUUCCUCCUCUUCCUCCUCGUCCUCUUCCUCCUGCUCGUCCUCCGUGCUCAGUUUGUCGUCAAGCUACCCCUUCGCCGUCUCCAAGUGUACAGCUCAACCCGGCGACGAGUGGUCGUCGGAUGGCGCAACCUCAAACUGCUGCCUCGUGUUGUCCACCGCGUCACAUAUGCCCGCCCGUCUGACCGCCUCGUCUUCGCCUCAAUUCGGCGGUCUCUGUGGCAGCACCCCGUCAACUUCACCCUGUGCCGAGAGCCAGCAACCAGCCUCCGGUUGCCUGGUGCCCGACGAAUUGGUCGGCUCAGCCGUUGCCUGUUCGCAUGCAUACCAAGCCAACAUCACUCAGCAUCCACUCCAGCCUCGGCUUCAACCGCAACCGCAAUCGCACUCGCAGACCCGGAGCCAACAACAACAACAACAACAACACCACCACCAACAUCAUCAUCAUCAUCAUCAUCAUCAACAACAACAACAACACCAGCAACAUCUAUCGCUUCACCACCAACCUUCUCACCAGCAUCAGCACCAGCACCAACAGCCUCCCCAGCUUGGCUUUUUGGAAUUGGCCGAUGCCGGCGGUGCCAGCGCAGACUUGUCCGUCUACCCCCAAGCCUCCGGCGGCUACGUCUCCGGUCCCAGCGACCAGCGCCCGCUGGAGCCCCACUUUCCGGCCGCCAUCUCCUCCUCCGACCUAACUUACUCUUUCGGCCCACCUGGCGACCAACAAAUCACCAGCGGAACCAGCCUCUUGGCCCGCUUCGAGCAGGCGCGAGCCUUGCAUCUCACCGGUACCGGUGUCGCGGUCGGUGCCGGUGCCAGUGCCGGCGCCGGCGCCGGAAACUCUGGCAGUGGUGGCAGUUGCAGUAGUCACAGCAACAGCAGUUGCAGUAGCCACAGCAACAGUCAUCUGGUGCUGCAGUCGAGUCUGGGGCCAAACGAGAGUCAGUCGACGACCUCGCCGCCGGGCCAGGGGCAACUGGAGGAGUCGGAUCCGCUGCUUUUGCUCCUGUUGCAAACCAGCGGUCCCGGCAGUCACGCCGACCUUGGCAACGCCAGCGGAAACGGUCUCCUCGACCCGACUCGCCUCAGCAACACGAGCAGCGCGUCCGGUGGGGACAUCGUGUCACCGGCCGGCAACCGGCGGAAGCGAGGCCUUGAGUCCACCGGGUCGGACGACUUUUCCGUUUCUGCUGGACAGGUUUCGCGCUCUUUCGACCGGUCUACAGCUGGUGGAGGCUUCUCGGCCCUCCUCGGCGACGGCGAAGGGGCCGACGACUCCGAGGCGAAUGGCAACGCGGCGACGGCGACGAUGACGGCGACGGCGAAUGCAACUGCGACUGCGGCCGCGAUGACGAGGAGCAAGACGAAGACGAAAGCGAAACCGAAGAUGAAGGGUAAAACAAAGACGAAGGCGAAGGCGAAGGCGAAAGCGAAGGCGAAGGCGAAGGCGAAGGUAAGCACGAGGGCGAGGGCGAGGGCGAAGGCGAAAACGGCUGAUGCGAGCCAACGAGACAGGCCGAGUCGGACGGAGAUCGAGGCUGCAGCUCCCACCGCCGAGUACACUCUUCUCACCGGCGCACAGACUGGCUCGAGUUCGCUCUACGCUUCCGCUCUCGUCACCGCGUCAGUCUACGGCGCGGAAGAGGAAGAAGAGGAGGAGGAAGAAGAUGACGAAGGGGAGAGAGGAGAAGGAGAAGGAGAAGAGGAAGAGGAAGAGGAAGAAGAAGAAGAGGAGGAAGAGGAGGAGGAGGAGGUGGAAGAGGAGGAGGAAGAAAGUGGAGUCAAUCUGGUCCGAACACUCCAACUCACAUCGGCGGCCCCCUCCACUUACGUCGGCGACGGCCUCGCGGUCAACAGAGCUGCCUGCCAGAGCACAACGUCGCUUACUUCGCCUCGACACGUUGACGCCGACGCCAAUGCAAACAGCAACGCCGACGCCUCCGUCGUCUACAAUAACGUCGCUAGACUACCGACUUCACGACACACCCCAAUGCUGUCCUCCUUAAGCCAACACCAACAGAACCAAGUUCCACAUCAGCACCAACACCAGCAUCAGCAUCAGCAUCAGCCAGGCGGGCAUUCAUCCGAUCUGACGGGCCCGAUGGCCUGUUGCUACCAGAGCCUGCCUGUGGUCGCCAACCACGAGGCCGGCUAUCCCACGGGUUACUAUGCCUCCAGCCUUCGAGGCCAACGCGGUUUGGCCAGUCCGUCCAGCCUCCUGGCCCCAUCUGCACCCACUGACCCUCGAACUGGUGUACACCUGACGCCCAACUUCCAGCCCGGUCGACAAGGCUACCCGACCACCCAAUCAGCCGGAUCAGCCCCAUCAGUUGCCUCGGCUGGAACAUUCUAUUUGAGCGCUGGCAUGUCUCGUGGCAGCUGCGCCGUCGACUUUCAUCCCUCGGUCUCAAUUCCGCCCAGUUGUCCGAGCUCCGGCUACCCCGUGGGCCGAUGA